AUGCUCCAAAAAGCGGUUUUCUUCUUGGCAUGUGCGCUUGGUGUUCAAGCAAUCGCCAAUUGUACAGCCUGUCCAGCUGGAGGCAUUUGGUCAAAUUGGUCAAACUACACCUCUUGCUCUGAUGAUUGUGGACUUUAUGGAAAACAAGUGCAAAAAAGAACUUGCACAUCGUAUUCUUAUGGAUGUCCAUGCACUGGAAACUAUUCACGAACGGAACCCUGUGCUGACUCUGUUUGCGCCUUUCCCAGAGCAGCCUGCAAUCCUCCAUAUACAAAAUAUCCAAAUUCUAUUCAAAAGCGAUACCUUUGUGGCAAUGUUACUCACACUGCAGCUGCAGGAAACUAUGUGGCUCCAACUUGUCAAAUGACAAAAAACCUCAACGCUUGUCCUUGUCCAGCAAAAGGUAUCUGGUCUGCGUGGACUGCAGGAACUUGUACCGCAACUUGUGGACUUUGUGGAGUAAGAACUCAAACGAGAACGUGCAAAUCGACGAGUUUUGGAUGCGCUUGCGUUGGGCCGACUACUCAAACAAUUGCUUGCCCGAAUACUCCUUGUGCUAACAAUGUUUGCUGUGAUGGAAAUCCGAUUGUAAAUACCACGUCUACUGGUGCACGUCAAUGUGGUCUCCAACUUCCUCCCGAUCCUGUUCGAGCUGUACCAGCAGCAUGCACAACGACCACCAAAGCUACCACGAAAGCCACCACGACAACCAAAGCAACUACAACUACUAAAGCUACUACAACAACAAAGGCAACUACUACAACUACCACGACAACAACAACAACUACUACAACUACGCCUACGACAACUACGACUACGACAACUACGACUACGACAACAACAACUACUACAACUACGACAACAACAACCACAACGACCACAACUACUACAACUACGACUACAACUACUACAACCACUACGACCACCACUACAACGACAACAACAACAACAACGACGACGACAACAACAGAAGCGACGACAGACUCAACGACGACCACCACCACUACAACCACUACGACUAAAGCAACCACCACACCAUGUGAUCCAACUGUUUCGAGACCUUGUCAAAAGUGUCCAGCAAUUGCCACUCUUCAAUCUCAAAAUCCAAACAUUCCCUAUCCGGCUGGAAAUAUGACCUACACGACAUCAUACAACUCAAACUGUUGUCUACAAGUUGAUUGGGUGUGCUCAGCUGGACAAUAUGAUCGGAUGAACUUUGCCGUGAUGAAUUCCUCGACUGGUCUCGAUCCGAUUGCACAGGCAAUCGGUUGUCCGCAGCAGGACUCCGUGAAAAUGGCGCCAUUCGUCUGUGGAGCUGACAGAGCUUGGCGUUUCCAGGCUAAAAAAUUUGUCAACUUUGGAUGCUAUCUCCAGAAAGAGGAUGGCUGUGCGCCAACAACUACCUCAACGACUACCACUUCCACAACGGCCACAACAACCACUGGUGUGCCAAAUACCGACGAUACAACAACAACAGUUGCCACGACAACAACAGUUCCUGGCUGUCAAUUGUGCAAACGGGAUUUCUCGACUCAUUACCUUCAACGACCUGUUCAAAGUUUGCAAAUGAACAUCACAGUGUCUACAAACGCGAAAGGUUGUUUGCAAGCAGUUUGGGUGUGCGAGGGAUCGAAUCCUACUGAUUCAAUGUUGUUCCAAGUACAGAACUACACCAAUGACGGAACUGUGGCUAGUUUGAAUGGCUGUGCACAGAUCACUUCUUCUUCACCGGGAGCCUCGAUUCUUACUUGUACCAAUGAUCAGUAUUGGCGAUGGAAUGGGCAACGUAUCGGAAUGUGGGUUUGUUAUGUGAAUCCGACAAAGACAUGU